CAGAGCUACAAGACGAAGAUGACCGUGAUGAUGAGAGCAGAAUACAAACCAGUGUUACACAUGCCUGUGCUGAAAGAGGGCAGAGACAGAGGGCCACUCCACGCCUCUGACCCAUAUGGCCAGCCGGGAUACCCACUGCCUGGAGUGGCCCUCACUGCAGAUACACAGAUACAGAAGAUGCCCAGUGAAGCAGGUGUUCACUCCAUGGCUCUGGCCCUUCCUCCCUCUCAAGCAAGGCAGGAAGCCAGUCGAACUGCAGCAAGUGUGGCAGAUAUCCACAGACAUGCAGGAGGUGCAGAGAGAUCUCAACCCCCACAACACGCGCUGUCUCUCAUGGAAGGAGGCACAAAGACUUCUACACUGGUGCCAAGAAAGGCUCCUACCAUGCCCAAACCUCAGUGGCAUCCACCAUGGAAACUGUACAGAGUCAUUAGUGGCCAUCUGGGCUGGGUCAGAUCUAUAGCAGUGGAGCCUGGAAACCAGUGGUUUGUGACUGGAUCGGCAGACAGAACUAUAAAGAUCUGGGAUCUUGCCAGCGGUAAGCUGAAGUUGUCUCUGACGGGUCACAUCAGCACGGUGAGAGGGGUAGCUGUCAGCACACGCAGCCCUUACCUCUUCUCCUGCGGGGAGGACAAGCAGGUUAAAUGCUGGGAUCUAGAGUAUAACAAGGUUAUUAGGCACUAUCACGGUCAUCUGAGUGCAGUGUAUGACCUUGACCUCCAUCCUACCAUUGACGUACUGGUGACCUGUAGUCGAGAUGCCACAGCGAGAGUUUGGGACAUCAGGACCAAGGCAAAUGUCCACACCCUUUCUGGACACACCAACACAGUGGCUACAGUCAAAUGUCAAAGUGCCGAGCCACAGGUGAUUACAGGAAGUCAUGACACCACCAUAAGACUCUGGGAUCUGGUUGCUGGCAAAACAAGAGCCACGCUGACAAACCACAAGAAGUCUGUCAGAGCAUUGGUGCUCCAUCCCAGACAGUACACCUUUGCCUCUGGUUCUCCAGACAACAUUAAGCAGUGGAAAUGUCCUGAUGGGAACUUCAUCCAAAAUCUUUCAGGACACAAUGCUAUUAUCAACACACUGGCUGUCAAUUCAGAUGGAGUUCUGGUGUCAGGAGCUGAUAACGGCACUAUUCACAUGUGGGACUGGAGGACUGGCUACAACUUCCAGAGGAUUCAUGCAGCAGUGCAGCCCGGUUCUCUGGACAGCGAGUCUGGGAUCUUUGCGUGUGUGUUCGAUCAGACUGAGAGUCGGCUCAUAACAGCAGAGGCUGACAAAACCAUUAAGGUCUACAAAGAGGAUGACACAGCUACUGAAGAAUCCCACCCGGUUAAUUGGAAACCUGAGAUUCUGAAGAGAAAAAGAUUUAAAUUUUUGCUGGGUUUUUUUCUGUUUUUGAAACCUUUCAUUUUGUUACAUUUUAGCCAGCUGAUUUCUAACAGUUUCUGCUUAAGGCAUAAACGUAAACAGCACAUUCACAAUUUAAGUGAAGUCAGGAGACUUAAGAUCAGAUGAGACAUUUAGCUUUGUUCUACCCAUUUAAA